AUGGCGGCAUAUGUAGGAUUUUUUGAGAUUUGUUACUCUAAUAAAGGAGAACAUGUAUUUGUCUCGGUAGCAUUAGAAGCAGUCGGCGAACUUGUUGGCCAAUUCGCUAAAUCAAUAGGUAGCUAUGGUGUUGGUAGUGCUGGUUUCAAAGAAAAGUCCAAGUUUAGGUUUGAUGAAUCUUUCAAUUAUAAAGAAGAGCCUGAAUUAGCUGCCGCAUUGAAAACGCACUUCCUUGAAGGCAUAGACAUCUACUUUGAUAAUGUUGGUGGAGCCAUGCUUGAUGCUGUGAUUUUAAACAUGAGAGACCACAACCGAAUUGCAGUCUGUGGAAUGAUCUCUCAAUACAACAAAGACAAGUCAGAAGAGUUCACUAUUAAGCUUAUCAAGGAAUGGACGAUAGUUUAUGUUGAAGACAUUAUAGAUGGUCUCGAGAAUGCUCCCUUGGCUCUCAUUGGACUAUUCAAAGGCAAGAAUGUCAUCAAACAAGUAGUUCUCGUUGCACGCGAAUAA